AUGCCCUACAAUUACCAUUAUGACUUGGCCACGAAUAAAGCGAAAGUGAUUUUUCAAAUUGUUGUUCCGAUGGCGAGGCAUUUCGAGAAUUUCGCUGCCUAUUGUGAUAAACGGCUCCAAUAUAUUCCAAUGAACUUCAUGUUGGGAUUCUUUGUGACGGUCGUCGUGAAUCGCUGGGUGACACAAUUUGCCAAUCUUGGCAUGAUUGACAAUAUCGCCCUGUUUACCUCGGAACUUGUCAAAGGAAACGAUGAUCGAGGAAAAAAUAUACGGCGGAACAUAGUGCGGUACUGCGUCGCUUCGCAAUGCCUCGUUUUCCGGGAUAUUCAUCUGGGAGUCAGGAAACGUUUCCCAACUCUAGACACAAUGGUAGCUGCGGGCUUUUUCCAAAAGCAUGAGCUCGAGAAGUUCAAGAUCAAAACGCGUUACCUAAAUACUGGUUCCGUUCAAACGGGCUCUGCAUCUAUUGCAAUACCGGCACCGAUGAGAGAGCGUCUCAAAAAAUUGGGACAUCGCAGGAUACGCUAUCGCAAGGAAAUUCGUAGUUUCCGCACUGGGCUGUCUCUGAUCUGGACGUACGACUGGGUGCCACUGCCUGUAAUGUAUCCACAGUUGAUCUUCCUAGCCGUGCACUGCUAUUUCAUCGUCUGCAUCUUCUGCAGACAGUUCAUCAUCACUCCGACUGCAGCCAAUUAUACUGUUGUUGAUCUCUACUUUCCAAUUAUGACUUCUAUUGAGUUCAUCUGUUAUGUAGGAUGGAUGAAGGUCGCUAUGGAGCUGUUGAAUCCGUUCGGCGAAGACGACGACGAUUUUGAUUGCAACUUCCUUUUGGAUAGAAAUCUCACUGUAAGGAUUUAUCAUUCGCUUGGAGAUCUCAUCGUUCAUUUUCUCGAACAGAUCUCUUUGACUGCCGUCGAUAACGCAUUUGAUGACAUCCCAGAUAUCAGCCCUGAUAUGUUUUGGCAUGACACGGUAUCACCGUUAUAUUCACAGGAAAUGGCAGGGAAACACGUCAAUUUCUAUGUGGGCAGUGCAAAUAGAUCCGAGAUUCCUAGUGACGUGACAGAGAUCACGAUGGUGCCGCAUCCGCAGAAUGAGAAAUUCGACCAUUACAUCCAGAGGCCUUCUCGGCGUCGACGUGCUAGCGUUGUCUCAGUCAAUAGGAACCUGAAACAC